UAUGGCCUUGCUUGCUUUGGUAAUUCCUUCUUAGCUUUAGCUCAGGAGUCCCUUGCUUUUGAAAACAAAGGUCCUACUUGCUUUUCCAAAAGGAAAUACUAUAUUAUGUUGCCUCUAUUAUUGCUGGACUAGUUUCCAAAUAUUAUUUUUUUUUUGGUGAAUUCGAUUAAAAACCCAUAAAGGGAAGUAAGGAGAAGCUUAAAUAAGGAUGAUUUCUUUGGUGAUAGGACUAUUAUGGCCUUGCUUGUUUUGGUAACUCCUUCUUAGCUUUUAGCUUAGCAGAUGGUGCCAAAGAGUCUCUUGCUUUUUUUCUUUUUUUUUUAAAGGGCCCUACUUGCUUUUCCAAACGGAAAUACUAGAAUUGAUUCCUCGUGAAGUAGUUGCCUCUAUAUUAUUGCUGGACUAGUAACUAGUUUCCUACUUUUUUGUUGUUGGAAUGCAGAAAGUGCUUGUUGAAUGAACAAUUAUCCAACACUCCAUCAAUUAAUUCUCUUGUUUGUUCUUAUUAUAUAGGAAAAGGAUUACCAUAUGAUUGUUUUCCCAGAUGGACGAACGAAGAUGGGAGGACUUACAAAUGGACUGCUUGGUCAAAGUGUUGGUGAAAGUUGGACUGGAGUCACUGCUUUUGGAUGUCCCUUUUGUGUGCAAGUCAUGGUACAUGCCGACCCUCAAUCCUUCAUGCUGGCAAUCUCUCAUUUUCCCGGACAACGAAUGUAUUGAAGUCUGGCCUUGGGAUGUGUCUGAAUGUCCAAAUUUUCAAAAUCUUAUGGACAGAUUUGCGAGUGAGUAUCAAAUUGAUGGGGAUCGUUGCUCUGUCACCGCUUUUCUAAAGUUUGUGAUCAAUCGGAGCAGCGGAAAUGCUACUGUGCUCAAGCUUCCCAAAUGCUGCACAGUAGAAGCCUUUGAAUUUGCUGCAAAUGCGUGUCCUGGCCUUGUGACUUUGAGUUUACCAGGAGAUGUAUUGGACAACAAACACACAAACCUAGAGCUGAUUGGCAAUUGGAAAAAUUUGGAGGUGUUAUCAUUGGGUUCAUGCUUAAAUUUGGCGAAAAUACUUGUAAUUAUACAAACACAUUGCAAGAAUUUGUAUGGUUUAGAUUUGUCCAAAGGCUCUGUUCAUGGACGUGAGGCAUUGUCAAUUGUGAAGUUGGUGCCUAAUAUCAAGUACUUAAAUUUGAAGGGUGCAAAAGUAAGACGGGAUAGUCUUGUCACGUUGCUGUGCGGAUGCAAAGAUCUAGUGAUGUUGGACGCCAGAGAUUGUUCUGGUUUCAAUGAGAACGACGAUGAAUUAUCAAAGCUUGCGUCUCAUAUUAGUAAAUUUAUGUGCGAGGGUUCUGAAUUUCCUGAAUUUCUUUGUGGUAUGGACAAUUUUGUUCUUCCUGUUGUUGGAUACUCAUUUCAACAACUUGUGGAGGAGAAUUGGGAUGAAAUGCUCAAUGAUUUGCGCGAUGCGUUCAACGAUUUGAGUGACGAGGAAUGAAGAACUAUUUGAUUGUACUAAGUAAUAUCUCAUCUUUUUUAUAUUUACAACGUUACAGAGCAAUUGUGUGUGUUGAGUGUGGUGUGGUGUUCAUCUUGUGUUUUUGGACAUUGUUACUCUAAUGAGGGCUUGUUAUAAGUUCCUAUCUUGAUUUAAUUAUAAGAUGUUUGCUUAAUUGGGAAAA